UAGUAAUGGCGGAUGGAAGGAACUUUAGAUCUUUUUAUUAUGACACUCUUGGUCUAAAAAAUGUAGAACAGAAAAAGGCCCUGGAAAUAUUAUUAAACUCUGAGGAAAUUGAUGUCAGUCGUGUUGCAACAUUCAGUAGCAAAUUUAGUCUUCCUGCAGUCUACAGGUCACAUGUCUGGAAGAUACUUUUAGGUAUCACUCCUCCAUUCCAACAAGCACACAGUUAUGUUAGCCAACAGAGAAUAGAACAGUAUCAAGACCUUUACCAUGCCUUGGUCACCAUCAAACAGAUUGACACAGAUGAUCAAGAAAAUCAUGCCGAACUUGUUACCAAACUGUUCAUGAUGCAAGAAGGUUUAUUUAGACUUAUUAAUAUUCCUAAGAGUCAACAAAGAAAACUAGACAUUCUGCACACUGUUGUCAAUGUGUUUGUUGAUAUGUUUGAAGACCCAGUUGAUUUGUAUUGGUUAUCAGUAAAGUUUGUGGAAAUACAAGAAAAUUUUAUAAGUCACUGGGAGAAACUAGUAAAAAUGAUUCAAAAUUGUGUACAAGCAGAAGAUAAUACAUUAUGGGAGCACAUUAACUCUUUCAAUGGAUUUGAACAUUUACCCUAUCAAAGCCUUGUCCAGUGGAAAGCUGCAUAA